AUGAGAUGGUAUAAUCCAUUCGCUUUCGUUCCUAUGGCCGUGACACUGGUUACUGCUAUAGUGUACCUCGGCAUCUUUAUCCCUCUGCUCAUUGUGCACGAAACAGUUCCUUCAGCGCCAGAGAAUCCCACAGUCUACCGUGGAUUGAAUCUCACCGAAGCUUGGCUGGACCUGGCAGAGUUGAGCAAUGGCUACCAUCCUUUCAACAGUCGAAGGAACGACGAAGUCAGGAAUUGGCUGUUGAAGAGAGUGGAGGAGAUUCUGGACAGCAAUGGGGUGAAAUACCAGACGGGGGAGAACUUGAAUGCGGUGCCUUACGUUUUGGAAUCGAGCGGCAAUGAGGCGCAGGAUAUCGACAUGCACUCGGUCACAGAAGAUCAUGACGAGUCUGCAGAUCGUGGAGGGCUUGGAAUCCGGUCAGAGCAACCUGCUGCUGUCAUCUUUAACGACCUCGUCUCGAACUACACAAGUAACGCUCUCACGAGCAUUGGAGUUAGUGGAAGAAAGCUGGGGAUCAGCACAUACUUCGAGGGAAACAAUAUCAUUGUCUAUAUCCGUGGAACAGAAGAUGAGGAAGAGGAAUGGUGGAAACCCCUGCCCCCAUACACCCAUAGACUUCAUGGAAAAGGAGGGGUCAUGGUCAAUGCCCACUUCGACAGUGUAUCAACAGGAUAUGGAGCUACAGAUGACGGAAUGGGGGUCGUCACGGCACUGCAAUUGGUCAAGUAUUUCACCACUCCGGGCAACACUCCGAAAAGAGGCGUCAUUGUCUUGCUGAACAAUGGCGAGGAGGACGGACUUUAUGGCGCUAAAGCUUUCCUCUCACAUCCAAUGGCCACUUUCGUCCAUGCAUUCCUGAACCUCGAAGGUGCCGGUGCUGGAGGUCGAGCUAUGCUGUUCCGCAGUACCGAUUCGGAAGUCACUCGGGCGUAUGCGAAAGCUCCCCAUCCACUGGGUACCGUUGUCAGCGCGGAUGGUUUCGCUCUGGGCUUCAUUAGAAGUGAAACCGAUUACGUUGUUUUCCGAGCUGAGGGAUACCGUGGACUUGACGUCACAUUUUGGGAACCCAGGGCCAGAUAUCAUACAGACCAGGAUGAUGCUAAGCAUGCCUCCAGAGACUCGCUUUGGCAUAUGCUGUCUGCCUCCGUUGCGUCAAUGGAGUAUCUAACAUCGCAUACGAAACAGUUCGUCGGUCCUCGAGGCGACCAUGCUACUGGCAAAGUCAAGAAUGGACGUGGCAGUGAUGGUGUGUGGUUUGACUUAUUUGGCAAGACCAUGGCGGUGUUCAGGUUGAGAACACUAUUCGCUUGGUCUCUUACGAUACUCAUUGCUUCGCCACUCAUUUUAAUACUCGUGUCAUAUCUUUUGGCUCGUCAGGAUAAGUACUAUCUGUUCGCUGGGGCUAUUAAACCAGAAGGCCAUGAAAGUGAGGCUGUAUCCUUGAAAGGCUGGCGAGGGGCGUUCCGAUUCCCGAUCGUGCUCAUCAUUUCUGGAGCAAUAACCUUUGGGGCUGCUUUUCUGCUCAGAAAAAUCAAUCCUCUGAUUGUAUACUCUUCACAGUACGCCGUAUGGUCGAUGUCGCUGAGCUUAUUCUUCUGCGUUUUUUGGUUCCUUAUGGCUGGUUGCAACUUUGUUCGACCUUCAGCACUCCACCGUGUAUAUGCGCUACUGUGGUUGUUUGCCCUUGGAUGGAUCGUUCUCGUCGGCGCUACCGUCUUUGAAGAUCGUUACAAAGUCAGCGGCGGGUAUAUGUUUGUAUUCUAUCAAGGUUCUAUUUUUCUGGCAGCUUUCAUAGGUUUGUGCGAACUCUUUGCGCUUCCGAAAAAGAGCCUGGUAGUCGAAGCUGCCCACGAUGAGCACGAGACCAGGGAUGGGUUUGACGCGAUCCCUCAUUCCGAUGGUAUAAUAUCAACGGGCGAUGCACAAGGAGAUGACCCUGGAGGAGACGGAGAUGACGAGCCUAGUGAGACGACCCCUCUGGUUGGAGGCAAUGGUCACCGGAGUACACUUGGGGCGAGUUUUGCAAGAGGCUAUCGACGCGUCAUUCCCGCCGCUGUUGAUGGUGCCGAUGGUGCCGAUGGUGCAGACGACGAAACGAUUGCUUUCGGGGAUGAGCAGAGAUGGUCUGGGAAAUUGCCCACAUGGACAUGGCUGCUUCAGUUUCUUUUGCUGGGGCCGUUCAUCAUCGUCGUCACCGGCCAAGUGGGUCUCCUCAUUGUUGCAGCUCUAGUCCAAACUGGUUCGGAUGGCAGUCCUCUUCUUCUGCCCUAUUUGCUCAUUUCCCUGUUCUCUAUCCUCCUGGUCUUACCUGUCACACCAUUCAUGCACCGCAUAACACAUCACGUGCCGACAUUCUUCUUCCUCAUAUUUAUCGGCACUCUCAUCUACAACCUCGUCGCUUUCCCAUUCUCCUCGAACAACCGCUUCAAGGUAUACUUUCAGCAAACAGUGGAUCUCGACAGUGGUAUAAACCAGGUCACACUUGCCGGUGUUGAAGAAUACGUCCGAGAAAUCAUCACAGAUAUACCUUCAGCCGCCGGCCAAAAUAUAUCCUGCAAGCCCAACGACAACAUUCGCCAAGGCCUAUCUUACUGCUCAUGGAGCGGAAUACCACCCAAGGUUGUCGAUAACGUCAAGGAAGGUGUCCCCCCAGAGAAGGGCUACAAAGACUGGUUGAGCUCCAAAGUAAGUCGCGCCAAAGGUCUAAAUAAAGCUACUUUCAACAUUUCUGCCGUCGACACUAAAGCCUGCAUCAUCCGCUUUGAUGACCCAUUCACGGCAUUUGAGGUUCACGGCGCUGCCAAGAGUGACGGUAAAUGGGACAACGUACCGGAAAGCGGAAGCGACCAGAUCAAACUCUGGCACAGAGAUUGGGACCGUGAAUGGAUCGUUGAUAUUGAGUGGCCAGUCAGCGAAGGCAAAAGAGAAGGAGACGAAGGCAGAAGUGGGAGAGUCGUCUGCUGGUGGAGCGAUCACAAUGAGCUCGGUACAAUUCCAGCAUUGGAUGAGGUGCAAAGAUUCAUGCCGCAAUGGGCAGCAGUAACAAAAUUGAUGGAUGGGCUUGUGGAAGGAAGCAAAGCUUUUAUUGUUUGA